AAGCCCCCACCAGUGAACAGAGACCCCUCUGAGCUAAGGACAAAGGACAGCAUGGCCACGUCAGCACCACUGCGGAGCCUGGAGGAGGAGGUGACCUGCGCCAUCUGCCUCGAUUACCUGCGGGACCCAGUGACCAUUGACUGUGGCCACGUGUUCUGCCGCAGCUGUACCACCGACGUCCGCCCUGUCUCAGGGGGCUGCCCCGUCUGCCCCCUCUGCAAAAAGCCUUUUAAAAAGGAGAACAUCCGGCCCGUGUGGCAGCUGGCCAGCCUAGUGGAGAACAUCGAGCGGCUGAAGGGCGGGGACAAGGGCAGGCAGCCGGGAGAAGUGGCCCGGGAGCAGCCGGCUGUGAAACUGUGCGAGCGGCACCAGGAGAAGCUGCACUAUUACUGUGAGGACGACGGGAAGCUGCUGUGUGUCAUGUGCCGGGAGUCCCGGGAGCACAGGCUCCACAAGGCGGUCCUGCUGGAGAAGGCAGUCCAGCCCCACAGGGAAAAAAUUUUGAACCACCUGAGUACUCUAAGGAGAGACAGAGACAAAAUUCAGGGCUGUCAGGCGAAGGGAGAAGCUGAUGUCCUGGCUGUGCUGAGGAAGCUCCAGGACCAGAGGCAGUGCAUCCUGGCAGAGUUUGAACAGGGCCACCAGUUCCUGAGGGAGCGGGAGCAGCACCUGCUGGACCAGCUGGCGAGGCUGGAGCAGGAGCUCACGGAAGGCAGGGAGAAGUACAAGACCAGGGGCGUUGGGGAGCUUGCCCGGCUGGCGCUGGUCAUCUCUGAGCUGGAGGGCAAGGCCCAGCAGCCGGCUGCAGAGCUCAUGCAGGACUCUAGAGACUUCUUAAACAGGUAUCCGCGGAAGAAGUUCUGGAUUGGGAAACCCAUUGCUCAAGUGGAAAAAAGGACAGGAGAAUUCUCAGAUAAACUGCUGUCUCUGCAGCGAGGCCUGCGAGAAUUCCAAGGGAAGCUGCUGAGAGACUUGGAAUAUAAGACGGUGAGUGUCACCCUGGACCCGCAGUCGGCCAGCAGGUACCUGCAGCUGUCAGAGGACCGGAAGUGCGUGACAUACAGCAGCCUGUACCAGAGCGCGUACCUGUACCCCCAGCAGUUUGACUGUGAGCCGGGGGUGCUGGGCAGUAAGGGCUUCACCUGGGGCAAGGUGUACUGGGAGGUGGAGGUGCAGAGGGAGGGCUGGGCCGAGGAUGAAGAGGAAGGGGACGAGGAGGAAGAGGGGGAAGAGGAGGAGGAGGAGGAGGCCGGCUAUGGGGACGGCUAUGUUGAUGGCUACGACGACUGGGAAACGGACGAAGACGAGGAGUCGUUGGGGGAUGAAGAAGAAGAAGAGGGGGAGGAGGAGGAAGAAGUUCUGGAAAGCUGCAUGGUGGGGGUGGCCAGAGACUCUGUGAAGCGGAAGGGAGAGCUCCCGCUGCGGCCGGAGGACGGCGUGUGGGCGCUGCGCCUGUCGUCCACCGGCGUCUGGGCCAACACCGAGCCCGAGGCCGAGCUCUUCCCGGCGCUGCGGCCCCGGAGGGUGGGCAUCGCCCUGGACUACGAAGGGGGCACCGUGACUUUCACCAACGCGGAGUCGCAAGAAGUCAUCUACACCUUCACUGCCACCUUCACCCGACGCCUGGUCCCCUUCUUGUGGCUCAAGUGGCCGGGAACACGGCUCCUGCUGAGACCCUGAACCCCGCCCCACACCUGCCGCUGUGCCACUUCUCUGGAAUUCCAGGACUGAAGGGAAGGAGGUGCCUGGGCGUGAGCACCUGGAGCAAGGCACAGGAGGGACCCGUGUCCAUGGCUCCCCUCCCAACAGCCCGCCCCCUGCAGACCUCCCUCAGUGCUAUCGCUCCAUCCACGCUGCAGUGGCGGCUGUUCUCCCGCCUCCUCGGGGUUGCUGUGCAAACUUCUGACCCCGAAGUCCAUGCGCUGCUCCCUCGCUCUGCCCACUGCCUUAGACCCAGCCCCGUGCUCACUUUGUGGACUAAGAACCAAGGCGUCAUUUUCUUGCUGGGUGUGGCAUCCCAUGCUGGAUGGUCCUGGGAAAGAUCAAUUCAUUGUGUUACACCCCAGCCAUUCCCGGUAUCCCACAGCUUUCCCGUCGCCUGCACCAUUCCGCUGCCUGCCUUCCUGGCACUUUAAACACACCUACUGCCACCCUACUCGGAGUUAAACCUACCUGAAAAUGAACUGAGUGGAAAUCCAGAGGCUUCCCUGGCCUUUUAAGUCAGGCCCCUGGGUUCCAGCAGAAAUCCUCUUGUGUGUCCAGAGCAGACUCCUGCCACCCUGAGACCAGGGCACUGCAUGAGGUUUCCAUCACCAGGAGGCGGGCUCCGCAGCCAUCUGUGGUCUUGGGGAACUGAUCUCCAUACCUGUGGCUUUGAUCAUUUGUGAUCACUGAUCAAUAAGAUCUCUGUGGGUUGGUCCUUGUGAGGAGACUGUUUCAAAAAAUCCAGAACACCCUGGCUCUUAUCAGUCCAUCUGAAAUCACCAGGGUGAAUAUCCAGUCGAGCCAAAGCUCUCCCCCCCCCCCCCCCCCGAAAUGGAUCAGUUUCUCCAGCAGGGUGGUAAGCUUCUGACACACCUGUUGACAUACAGGUUCCGUUUUCCUACGAGGGGCUGGGGUGAUGAGACGGCUGUGGGAAGAGGAAAGGAAGGCAGCAGGUGUCCACACCAGGCCCCACCGGGUCUUCAUGUCAAGGGAGGAAUUAGAGCAUAUUCUCUGCCAGCAGGCCCAGCCCGAGUCCCAGCCUGUGCCCAGGCCCCCUGUGGCCCACAGGUUAACACGAGCCCGUGCUCCAGCCAGCCCUCGUCCUUACCCAUCUCAGGCACUCUGCGAGUCCCCUGCUUAUCUAAUUGUACCUCCUCCCCGCCCUUGUGUCUGCAGCCACGUGGGUCUCGCUGGUCUUCUCACCACCACACAUCUGGAAGUUGCACUCUGUACAUCACAUGCUGCCUGAGUCACACAUCUGAUUUCUGCCUCUAGUUUUCUAAGCUCCUUAAGGGUAGAUACCAUGUCUUACAUUUCUCUUGUAAUCUUCAUCACACCUAGUGCAGUGCUGGGUGCAGAGUAGGUGCUCAAUAAAACCUUGUUGAAUGGACAGACUGGAUUUCGAUAUAUUUUACUAUAACUCAGAUAUCACCAGACCUCUCUAACUACAAAGAGAUUUCAUUGAUAGCAGGGUCCUUUAGAACUCUCCGACUUUGCUUUCUGUCCUCUGCACAUCAUAUGCUGUUGUUUCUGGAAGUCCCCAAGAGCCCCCCAGGGACACACUCUGCCACUGCUGAGGCCUACCUGUUCCUCCCCUGCCAUGAGCCUGAGCUGAUACCCAGCAUAUGUGGUAGCAUGUGAUUGUGCUCCUGGGAGAAGGGUAUCACUCAGCACAGCACCCCCAGAGUCCUUCCUUGGAAAACAAGCAGUGCCCCAAGGAAAUACAACCCACAGAGAUUCAGUUCUGCCUCCCAUCACCACCCUACCUGGCCAUUUCUUGUCUGUUCUCUCUGAAUUUUUCUUUUCAUUGCCAUCUUAAAGAUAGAAAAGGGAGGAUUACACAAAGUACCUCUAAGAGCAUACUGUGGGAAGGAGCAUUUCCUUCCUGUACUCAUUUAUGUUUUACCUUUUCUUUGCUAAAUACAUAUAUGCAAAAUAUGUGUCAAUUAUUAGGAGUAAGACAUGCAUUGUCGGUUAUAAUGAGGUCAUUAAUUCACAUUUGAAUCCUGAUAGACAAUAAUUACUAGCAUAUUCUUAAACGUUUAAAUUUAUUUUGUUGAUUAAUACGAAUUGUCACCUAAAAUUAUGCUCUACCAGUUUAUUUAUGGGAUAAUUUCAUAACUCUCAAAAUGCCUUUUUAUCCUUUUUUGGAAAGAAUUUUUGUAUAACAAGAAAUAUCUGAAACUUUUAAAGGUGAUCAUUGUGUAAUUAAAAGCUAAUAGUUAUUAAAUAGGGAACAUUUCCAUUUGAACAAAAUAUUAAUGCUUUCAGGUAAUUGUUGCUUUAUAAGUUUUGAGCAUCAUACUUCCAAAAUAAACUGUAGAAGAUAAAAAAUUCAGCAUAAAAAAACCCUUGCAAAUAAAAAUGUUUUCUGUUACCACCAUA